ACACACCACGUGUGAUGGACAGUACUGGGCGUCGAGGUCGCGCGGGAAGUCCAGCCAGUCCGACGCCGACCAUGGCCGCGAGCGCAAGCGAGUGCGUGGAAGUGGUGGAAGUGCCGCCGGUGGUGGACAAGGCCCUCAGGGAUGUCGCGGCCAGGCAGGGCUACAAGAAACCGCGCUUCACGGUGACCUCCGGCUCGGGCGCGCGGGACGGCUUCCUCAGCACCAUGUACCGGGCCCUCAUCCACGACGAGGACCCCACCGGCCCGGCCGACAUGAGCGCCAUGUGCAAGGUGUCCAUGUCCGUCAUGGAGAGCAUCAUGUCUGACGUGUUCGCGACCGAGGGACACAUCUACAGCAAGGUGCUGCCGGCCAUGGCGGCGGUCGCCGGCCCCGAGGCCACGCCGCGCUGGCCGCAGGUGCUCGACGUGGCGGUGGACGGCCCGCCGCCGCACUGCAUCACCCUGGAGGACUUCGGGCCGCUCGGCUUCGGGCAGCCCGUGCGCACCAAGGGCCUGGACGUGGACCACUGCCGCCUCCUGGCGCAGCAGCUCGCCAAGUUCCACGCGGCCGGCUUCGUCCUCAAGCACCUCCACCCGGACAAGUACCAGGCCCUCGCGGCGCCCCUCGAGAACCUCUUCGACAGCCAGGAGUGGAAGGACACUUUCUACCCCUUUAUGAGUAGCACCAGACAACUUCCAGACCUGCUGGUUGCAAAGUGGCCUGCAGGCAGCAAGAUGUACAAUUUUGUAAAGAAGGCUACCGAAUGCGUAAACGAGAACUUUAGCCUCAUGAUAGAGCCCGCCAGCUGGGAGAACGACGGCGAGGGCUGCUGCCUGGCCCACGGCGACUGCCAGAUCAACAACGUGGCCUUCAAGUACGACAAGGAUACUGGGCGAGUCGUGGACUGCAUGCUGUACGACUUCCAGAUUAUGCACGAGAGCAGUCCCGCCGUGGACCUGACGCGCAUACUCCUGGUCUGCACGGACCAGGAGAUGCGAGAAGCCCACCUGGACGAGCUGCUGCGCGGCUACCUGCGCGACCUGCACGCCCACAUGCGCGCCGGGGGCGUCCGGGACCCCGAGCGUGUCUUCUCGUGGGACCUGCUGCAGAAGCACAUGCGGCGCACCUCCGUGUGGCCGAUCCUCAUGCAGCCCAUGUUCCACAGCAUGCUGCACGGCGACGACGAGAACGUAGAGCAGAUCCGGGAGGCCAUGGCCAAGGCCGGCGCGCUCGAGGAGCAGCCCGAACUGCCAGAAAUGCAGCUGCAGGCCACGCCGCUGCUCAAGCAGCGCUUCAUCGACCUCAUCCAGGACAUCGCGGACCGCGGCUGGAUGCCCACCGAGGGGGACUUGGACAAGUGGGUGGCCAGAGAGGCCUGACUCCGUCGUCAUCACCGCCGCCAACGUCACCGACGACAGUGUCUUUAUCGGAAGCUUAAUGGUGCAUUUGGUUUCGUGAGUCGAGUCGCCUCGCAAUACCAAAUCCACCAUAAAAGGGUGUUUCAACGAAGACCGAAAAGCGAAGUAAGAAGAAUAAAAUCGGACCCAGGGAGCUGUGGCGAGGCUGAGGGUGGACGCGGGAGGGGAAGGAGUGGCAAGUGGGCAGGGGGGUGCUCUCCACUCCCCGCGUCCACCCUCACCACAAGUCCGGUUUUGUGCUUCUUACUUCUUCCUUUUCCUUCUCAUUGUUGCACGUUGUUAAAACAACCUGCUUUAUUUUUGCCUGUGAUAUUAGUCAAUUUCCACAUAAUCACGACAUUAUUAAUUAAAAAUGAUAUAAAUAAAUAAAUACUAACAAUACUAUUCAAAUAAUGUUGAAUA